AUGCGAAUCACGGAGAUCUCGGAGCGGCUGCCGCUGAAGCGCAGCAUUGGUAUGGAAAUGGUAUCUUCGGAUCCUCCGGUGGAAUACUCGGCGCGCAACGACAGCAUCACACUCAGCGCCAUCACCCACGCCGACCGCCCCGCUGUGUAUGUGGAGUUCACCUCCGACUUCUCAUCUGAUGCCACGAGAGAGGUGCUGGAGGACUCGAAAUUCAAGAAGCGCGAGUUCUUCGACGACUUGGUGGCCUUCAGCGGCAGCGCCGGCAGUGCUGCUGCGUGA